UCUCUGGUGAUCCCUGAGAAGUUUCAGCACAUUUUGCGUGUCUUGAACACGAAUAUUGAUGGGCGCAGGAAAAUUGCUUUUGCUAUCACUGCUAUUAAGGGUGUAGGUAGACGUUACGCUCAUGUGGUCCUACGCAAAGCUGACAUUGACCUGUCAAAGCGUGCUGGUGAACUGACGGAGGAUGAGGUGGAACGUGUGGUUACCAUCAUGCAAAAUCCUAGACAGUAUAAAAUUCCUGACUGGUUCUUGAACAGACAGAAGGAUAUUAAGGAUGGAAAAUACAGCCAGGUUCUCGCCAACGGUCUGGACAAUAAACUCCGUGAAGAUUUAGAGAGACUCAAAAAGAUCAAGGCUCACAGAGGACUCCGUCACUUCUGGGGUUUGCGUGUCAGAGGUCAGCACACAAAGACCACCGGCCGCCGUGGUCGCACUGUGGGUGUGUCCAAGAAGAAGUAACCUGUUGGAUGCUAUCAUUUUGUCAAUAAAGUUCUGUAUAAAAUUA